CACUAGUGAAGCAGCAUGGCGACAGCAGCAUCAACUAGCAGCGAUGCAGGUUCACAUGAAAGUAAAGAAGAAGGAUGUGCUCAGUCUGCAUCGACUCAGAGCUCAGGUCAGGGUCAGAAUACUGAUCCGAAACCAGUUUGUCUCAUAGUUCUUGGCAUGGCGGGGUCAGGAAAAACGACAUUUGUACAGAGGCUGACAGGAUAUCUACACACCAAGAAAUCUCCCCCAUAUGUCAUAAAUCUAGAUCCUGCAGUUCAUGAAGUUCCUUUUCCAGUAAACAUUGAUAUCCGAGACACUGUCAACUACAAGGAAGUUAUGAAACAAUAUGGUUUAGGUCCAAAUGGAGGAAUUGUAACAUCGCUGAAUCUGUUCGCAACCAGAUUUGAUCAGGUCAUGAAGUUUAUUGAGAAAAAACAAAGUAGUCAUGAGUAUGUUUUGAUUGACACUCCAGGACAAAUCGAAGUGUUUACCUGGUCGGCAUCAGGAACCAUCAUAACUGAAGCUCUGGCAUCUUCCUUUCCCUGUGUGGUGAUAUAUGUGAUGGACACAUCUCGAAGUGUUAACCCGGUCACCUUCAUGUCAAACAUGCUUUAUGCCUGCAGCAUUCUCUACAAGACCAAGCUGCCUUUUAUAGUUGUCAUGAAUAAGACUGACAUCAUUGACCACAGUUUUGCAGUGGAGUGGAUGCAGGACUUCGAGGUGUUCCAGGAUGCUUUGAAUCAGGAGACGUCUUACGUCAGUAACCUCACCCGCUCCAUGAGUCUAGUCCUGGAUGAGUUCUACACCAACCUGCGGGUUGUUGGGGUGUCCGCAGUCACAGGUUCUGGACUUGAUGAACUGUUUGUACAAGUAGCAGAUGCUGCUAAGGAAUAUGAAACCGAAUAUCGUCCAGAAUACGAGCGGCUUCACAGGGAGCUUGCUGAAGCUCAAAACCACAAACAACAAGAACAGUUGGAACGCCUUCAGAAAGACAUGGGAGCAGUUCCCAUGGAAACCGCAGCACAGAGAGAAACUCCAGAUCUUGGCGGACCCAGUGACUUAAUUUUUAACCGUGGUAACCCAGACGAAGAGGAGGAGGAGGAAGAAGUAGAGAGUGACACAGAUGAUAUUGAUCACACAGUCACUGAGGAAAGUAAAGAAGCCACUGUGUUUGGUAACUUCCUGAAGGAGAGAAAGGAGAUUGUGCAGGUACGCAACAAAAUGUCAAAGUGAGGACACGCUCGUGGUGUAUCUGAGAUGUCCCAUCACACGUUUGAGCUGACCCUUGAACUUUGACCUCACCACUGUGCUUACGAUGGAAAGCUCUAGAUGACGUCGCGACAGCCCGUUUGGACAGUUCAGAUCUGCUUGUUUGCUGCCCUUUGCAGCUACCUGCAUGUCUUGAUAUUUAUUCUUAGAUUUUAUGUUGUGAAUCUUCGAUGUAAUUUAGAUCUAUUGCAUCAUGCGCAGAUCAGACCGCAUGCAGAUCGGAAACUUCAAUGAUUCAAAAUUGUGCGAUGAUAUCGUUUGAAGUGCGCUGAGCACGCUUUUGAACGCAAACUUUUGUUUUUCUUUAGAAUAUUGUAUGUUAUAUAUCUAACAUGUCUGCUUUACAAACGGAGAGUAAAACAGUAUUUCAUAAAACCUGAAACAUAAGCAAAUAUAUAUGCAGAACAUUUCCUGGUAAUGCGCUCUCUGUACCUAUUAAGUUCAGAAUAUAAUAUUAUGUUUCUAUCAAGGGAAAUAAAAUAUUUUUAUAUGUAUAAAAGA